AUGGUGGUACUCUCCCCGUACGUUGCGCUGGCACUCGUGCCUCUUGCUUUUGCGUGUGAUUCUUGUGAGGAAGGAGAAAAGUCGGCCUAUCCUAGAUUCACUCGUCGCAUGCAGCCUGAGGCCGAGGAUGCCGUGACACAGCCAAGAGGACCUUUAACUUGGGGCGAGAUCAAUUUCAUCCACACGAGCGACAGCCACGGAUGGCUGGAAGGCCAUGUCAAGGAACGCAAUUAUGGUGCGGAUUGGGGCGACUUUGUGUCUUUUGCAAAGCAAAUGAAAGAUCAGGCCGCGAACAAAAGCGUGGAUCUGCUUCUGAUCGACACAGGCGAUUUGCAUGAUGGAAAUGGCCUCAGCGAUGCGACCGACCCCAAUGGCAAGGUCACGAAUCCCAUCUUUCAAAAUAUCGACUAUGACCUUUUGACCCCCGGAAAUCAUGAAUUGGGCGCAGUGGACGUUGCAUACAAUACAUUCACCGAUUUCACUGCUGUUUACGGUGACAGGUAUCUGACAAGCAACAUCGAUAUUUGCAAAAACUGCCAGGAGAGUGAACCAGAUGAGAAGGAAUGGGUGGCGAUGGGCGGCAGAUUCCGACACUUCACGACAAAACAGGGCCUCCGAAUCAUGGCAUUUGGUGUCAUCCUCGAUGGAACAAACAACAACAAAGACAUGACGAGGAUCCAGCCAGCCAGCGAGAUGAUACAAGAAGAUUGGUUCAAGGAAGCAGUCAAUCGUCAGGACAUUGAUCUCUUCGUGCUGAUUGGACACAACCCAGUGAAAUCUGGUAUCCCCAAAAGUGAAAGCACCUUUCCUCUUAUAAUGGAGACCCUCCGUGGACUGCGACCUGAGAUUCCUGUUCAGGGUUUUGGAGGCCACACACAUCGUCGCGAUUUCCGUAUCUUUGAUCCUAUGUCCUCGGCCAUAGAGUCUGGAAAGUAUUGCGAUACAGUGGGCUGGAUUUCUUUGGAUGGCAUCAAAUCUCAACCCGCCAAUAAGACUGCGAACGCUCAAUCUCAAGAUUCCCAGAUCGACAAGCGAGGAACAGCAGACGAAUCUUGCAGCAAAACCAAGAAUUUCGACAUGCAAUUGACCCGGCGAUACUUGGACUGGAACCGGCUCACAUUCGCCUACCACGCAGCUGGAUCACAGAAUAUUCUUGAUUCAUCUGAAGGACUUGCUGUGACCAAGGGGAUUGAAGACAGCCGCAACGAUCUCAAUCUCACUUAUGUGUACGGAUGCGCACCCCAGACAUACUGCAUCUCAUGCAAGCCAGCUGGCGACCCGGGAAAUAUCUACACCCUUGUCGAAACAGCCGCAUCGGCAAAGGUGGUGAACCCAGAUCGCUCCGCAAAUUCGCGGAUGGUCAUCGUCAACAGGGGAGUUGUCCGCUACGACCUAGUCCAGGGCCCGUUCACCCUUGAUGAUUCCUAUAUCGUUUGCCCAUACCACAAUGCCUUCAAUUACUUCCCCGACGUUCCAUACUCGCUGGCAUCAAAGGUACUUGAGACCCUGAACAAGCCCAAAUCAACUACCAAGCGAUCAACAAUGACUGUGGACACAAUCUCGAGCCAAAUGCUGGGCUAUGACGAGUGCGACAAUCCCUCCCCACACAAUGGGACGGAGCUUCUCAAGCCGAAAACCCUUUUCCGUCGUGUCCUUGACGAAGAUGCCCUGACACAAGGAUAUACAACAUGCGAUGAUCUCGGUGGUGAUGGUGACGAUACUCCUCAUUCGGAAAUCCCGGAGUAUGAUCUACCAGGACAUUUCCAAGCUACCGCUGGUUUCCCGGAGGAUGGUCAGCCUGAUACAGUGGAUGUGAUCUUCUCUGACUUCCUUGCUUCUCGGAUUGCUAAUGCUUUGAACUUGGAGGGCCCGUCGAAGAAUUAUACGGAGGAUGAUAGUCGUCUUUACCUUCCGGACUUGACUACGAACACAUUGAUCCCUGCAUAUGCCUUGACGGAAUGGCAGGACAACAUCAGUGAAUGCCCGAUUUCAGGCUAG